UGCUGGGUGUUGCCGCUCCCGGAUCGGAUCGGCAAGGCCAUGCCCGACCCACACUGAAUGGGCGCUGCCCCAGCUGUGGGAGGGCCAGGCACCCGAGGCAUCGGCCAUGGGCAUCUUCCAGCUGGAAGACUUUGUGGCGGGCUGGAUCGGAGGUGCAGCUAGUGUCAUCGUUGGCUACCCUCUGGACACAGUCAAGACUCGCCUGCAGGCUGGUGUCGGCUACGGGAACACGCUCAGCUGCAUUCGCAUGGUGUACAAGAGGGAGAGCGUGCUUGGCUUCUUCAAGGGCAUGUCCUUCCCGCUGGCCAGCAUCGCUGUCUACAACUCAGUGGUGUUCGGGGUCUUUAGCCACACCCAACGGCUCCUCAGCCGGCACCGCCUCGGAGAGCUGGAGGACGACCCCGGCCGAAGUGUGUCCGAUCUGCUCCUGGCUAGCAUGGUGUCCGGCAUGAUCUCGGUAGGGCUGGGUGGCCCGGUGGACCUCGUCAAGAUCCGGCUGCAGAUGCAGACACAGCCGUUCGGGGAAGCCAGCCAUGGAUUGAAGUCCAGGGCAGUAGCCCUAGGGGAGCAGGCAACAUAUCAGGGACCAGUGCAUUGCCUUGUAACCAUUGUGCGGACUGAGGGCCUGGCUGGGCUGUACCGGGGAGCCAGCGCCAUGCUGCUGAGGGACAUCCCAGGAUACUGCCUCUACUUUAUUCCCUAUGUGUUCCUGAGUGAAUGGAUCACGCCCGAGGCCUGCACAGGGCCCAGCCCUUUUGCAGUGUGGCUAGCAGGUGGCAUUGCAGGGGCGAUUUCCUGGGCGACAGCGACUCCGAUGGAUGUCGUGAAAAGUCGGAUGCAAGCUGAUGGCGUCUAUUUAAACAAGUACAAGGGCGUGCUGGACUGCAUUGUCCAGAGUUACCAGCGGGAAGGCUUUAAGGUGUUUUUCAGGGGUAUCACUGUGAAUGCUGUGCGCGGCUUCCCCAUGAGUGCAGCCAUGUUCCUUGGGUAUGAGCUCUCACUGAAGGCACUCCGUGGCGACCACACUGUGACAGGCACGUGAGCACCAGGAAAACAUAGAAACUACAGAAAGAACAGAGCAAGAAUUUCUGCAGUCACCAUAAGGUC